CUGCCGCAGGAAGGGUGCGGUGGGCGGAGUCGGGGCGGGUCAUGCGCAGCACGAGUGGAAGUGGCAGCAACUAAGUUGUGAGAAGUGUUUUGGGAGAGGAGGCUGAGAGUCCUGCGGCAGAAUGAGGGACCGGACCAAGGAGCUGAACCUGGGUGACAGCGACUCUGAGUCCGAUGAGCACAAAAUUUUCAUCCCGAUGACAAAUGGCGGCAGCGAUGAAUCCGAGACCGACAAGCAGUUCUUCCAGAUGACUCGUGAGAUCCGGGAAUCCAUGGCCGUCCUGAGCACCAAAGUGACGGAGCUGGAGGCCAGCCAGGUGAAGAUCCUCAGCCAGCCGCUCCCGGAGGAGAAUUUGAAGAAAGAUUUACAGUCUCUACGGGAGGAGAUCAAACGUUUAGCCAAGGAACUCCGCAGCAAGCUUAAGCUCAUUGAGAUAAAGGACGAAGAUGAGGAGGUCCGGAGAUCGGUGCACCUGCGCAUGAAGAAGACUCAGCACUCUGUCCUCUCUCAGCAAUUUAUCGAAAUCCUGAACCGAUGUAACAUGGUGCAGACCCAGUACAGAGACAGCAACGUAAAGAGGAUCAAGCGGCAGCUCCAGAUCACUGGACACAACGUUAAUGAUGAGCAGUUUGAUGAAAUGCUGGAGUCCGGACAGACGGACGUGUUCACCUGCAAUAUCCUGAAGGACACGCAGAUCACUAAACAGGCCCUGAAUGAAAUAGAAGCGCGGCACGAGGAGAUCAUGAAACUGGAGAAGAGCAUUCUGGAGCUUCACGACAUGUUCAUGUACAUGGCCAUGGAGGUCGAGGCGCAGGGGGAGACGAUAGACAGCAUCGAGAAGAACAUUUUACAUUCCACGGAUUAUGUCGAAAAAGCCAAGAAGCAGCUGGACCAGGCGGUGGACAACAGGAAGAAGUCGCGUAAGAAGAAGCUCUACAUCGCCAUCUGCGUGGUCAUCUUGCUCAUCAUUAUCGCCAUCAUCAUCGCUGUGUCCGUCGCGGGUUGAAAGGAGAAGAGCUUAGGAGGAGCCCUGUGGCCGCUCCCCUAUAUAUCUGUAUUAUACUGGAUGCCGUCCUGACCCCGUGGCCCCCGCUGAAAUGACUUUUUGCUGAAUCCAGGACCCAGUGGGGCCGGGUCACUGAACUCGUGUGGUGGCCUAAUACCGACACUGUGUGCAUUUUCGAAGUGUGCCUUAUACUUUACUACUAUGGAUGUAAUUAUAGCGUUUGUGCGAGGGACGCAGCCGCAAAUCUCAGUGUGUUAUCUCAGGUUUGGGCGCCCCCUGCAUAAUUUUGCCACAUAAUUGUGAUAUCCGUGUAAUAUGUCUCCACAGAUGGGGCUUCAUCCACAAUACUGCUGGGGCCAGAAUGCAGUGCUCUCUGCAUCCCGCUGCCGUGCAUUGAUAUACACACUACAUCUCACACUUGUGCAGACACUGAACAAGCAGGGAGUUCAGAAUCUCCAGCAGAAUUGUGGAUGCAGCUCUGGCUGCACCUGGACCAGUUGUGGUCAAACUGUCCCUGCUCCCUAAUACUCUCCACAGAGAGGAGAUUGCACUUUCUUCUUGUAAUGACCCCCAGAGAUGGAAGCCAUUUUUUAUUUGCUUCUGAGCAGGGUGGCGCCAACUUCCCAUCAUGCCCUGGUGCUCGCUGCCUGCAGGUCGUCCUGAACGUGACAGCUGCGGUUCCUGCUUACAUUUUCAUGCUGGACUUGAGAGGAGCGUGGCCCUCGUACCGACCGCGCCACGUGUUUUUUUUAUAAAGAUCUUGUAUUAAAUAAACUAUUAAUGUGUUUGA